AUGAUUUGGUGCCUCGGCCUGGCCACCCUCAGCCUGAUCAUCAGUCAGGGGGCCGACGGCCGUGUGAAACCUGAGGCAGUGACAGUGGUGGGCCGUACUGGGGAGAGUGCCUUGCUAAGCUGUGACCUACUGCCCCCCACGGGGAGACCUCCCCUGCAUGUCAUCGAGUGGUUGCGCUUUGGCUUCCUGCUUCCCAUUUUCAUCCAGUUUGGGCUGUACUCCCCCCGUGUCGAUCCUCACUACGUGGGGCGUGUGCGGCUUCAGGAAGGGGCAUCUUUACUCAUUGAAAGGCUUCAGACAGAGGACCAGGGUUGGUAUGAAUGCCGUGUCCUCUUCCUGGAUCAGCCCAGCCCUGAAGAUGACUUUGCCAAUGGCUCCUGGGUGCACCUCACAGUUAACUCCCCUCCCAGAUUCCUGGAGACUCCCCCACCAGUGUUAGAGGUCUGGGAGUGGGAGCCAGUGACCCUGCACUGUGCUGCCAGUGGCAGCCCCCAGCCUCGUGUGGCCUGGAAGCGUGAUGGGCGGGACCUGGGCCAGGGCCAGGGCCAGGUACAGGUGCAGAAUGGAACCCUUAGGAUUGGAAGAGUGGAGCAGUCCAGUGCUGGAAUCUAUACGUGCCAUGCCUCCAGCACUGAGGGCAGUGCCACACAUGCUACCCACCUCCUGGUGCAUGGACCUCCAAUCAUCGUGGUGCCCCCCGAAAAUAGCACAGUUAAUGCCUCCCAGGAUGCCUCCUUGGCCUGCCAGGCUCAGGCUCACCCUGCCAACCUCACCUACAGCUGGUACCAGGGAAGCACCAAUGUCUUCCACAUCAGCCGCCUGCAGCCCCGAGUUCGGAUCCUGGUGGAUGGGAGCCUCUGGCUGCAGGCUACCCAGCCUGAUGAUGCUGGACGCUACACCUGUGUGCCAAGCAAUGGCCUUCGCCACCCACCCUCAGCAUCUGCCUACCUCACUGUGCUGUACCCUGCCCAGGUGACAGCAAUGCCCCCGGAGACACCCUUGCCUGUGGGCAUGCAGGGAGUAAUACGAUGUCCCACUCGUGCCAAUCCCCCUCUACUCUUUGUCAACUGGACCAAAGAUGGCCAGGCCUUGCAGCUGGACAAGUUCCCAGGCUGGUCCCAGGCUUCAGAUGGCUCAUUGGUCAUUGCCCUGGGGAAUGAGGAUGCCUUAGGAGAAUACACCUGCACUCCCUACAACAGCCAUGGCACAGCUGGACCCUCCUCCCCAACCCGCGUGCUGCUCAAGGCUCCUCCAGCUUUCAUUGAACAACCAAAGAAAGAGUACUUCCAGGAGGUGGGGAGGGAAUUGCUCAUCCCUUGCUCAGCCCAUGGGGACCCCACACCCACCAUCACCUGGUCUAAGGUGGACCGAGGCCUACGGGGUGAGGCCCAGGUGGAUAGUAAUAGCAGCCUGGUCCUGCGGCCACUGAGCAAGGAAGCCCAUGGGCGCUGGGAGUGCAGUGCCAGCAAUGUUGUGGCUCGUGUAGCAACCACUACUAAUGUCUACGUGUUAGGUACCAGUCCCCAUGCUGUAACCAAUGUGUCUGUGCUGUCCUUACCUGAGGGGGCCAACAUCUCCUGGGAGCCUGGUUUCGAUGGUGGCUACCUUCAGAGAUUCAGUGUGUGGUAUACCCCUCUGGCCAAGCGUCCCGACCGUGCCCACCAUGACUGGAUAUCCCUGCCAGUGCCUGCAGGUGCUGCCCACCUAGUGGUAGCAGGUCUGCAACCCCAUAUCAGCUACCAAUUCAGUGUCCUGGCCCAGAACAAGCUAGGGAGUGGCCCUUUCAGUGAGAUCAUCUUGUCUUCUCCAGAUGGGCUCCCAACCACCCAGGUGGUCCCUAUGUCACACGCUACGAAAUCCCAACUACCCCUGUCCCCACCUCGGGGACUCAUGGCAGCGAGGACCCCGAGGGGUGUGCUGCUGCACUGGGAGCCUCCCUUGCUGGCUCCUGAAACAUUGGCCAGUUAUGCCCUGGAAGGGCGGCAUGGCUCCCAUGGCUGGGAGGUGCUGGACAGGGCCAUCAAUGGAGCUGACACUCAGCUGCUGGUGCCUGGGCUCAUCAAGGAUUCCUUCUAUGAGUUUCGUCUUGUGGCUUUUGCUGGCAGCUACAUCAGUGACCCCAGCAACGUGGCCAACAUCUCCACAGCUGGCAUGGAGGUGUACCCUUCUCGAACACAGCUUCCUGGCCUGCUGCCCCAGCCUGUGCUGGCUGGUGUGGUAGGUGGUGUCUGCUUCCUGAGCAUAGCCAUUCUCAUCAGCACAGUGGCUGCCUGUGCCAUGAAUAGACGGCGGGCUGCCAGACUCCGAAAACGCCACCGAGAUCUACCACUCAUCUUCUCCCCCCCAAGGAAGUCACCUCCCAAUUCUGCUCCAGGCUCGGGCAGCCCUGACAGUGUGGUGAAGCUGAAACUCCAGGAGUCCCCAUCUCUCAGCCUUCGACAAAGCCUGCUGUGGGGGGAGACCAGCCAGCUCCCCAGUCCUCCCGCCCAGCUCCUGCCUAGCCCACUGCCCCUAGAACCAAUCUGCCGAGGCCCUGAUGGGCGAUUUGUGAUGGGACAAGGUGCUGGGUCCCCCCAGGUUUCACUGACCCAGAUCCAAGAUGAGCCCCAAAGCACAGGCCAUCGCCAGGCUCACUCACGUGACUGUAGCAAUAGCAGUCCCAGUGGAGCGGCCCAGCCCCUUUACAUUGCUGAUAUCAGUCCUGUGGGCCCACCGCCUAGCCCUCUGCCAGCCCCUGGCCCCCUGCUCCAAUAUUUGAGUCUCCCCUUUUUCCGGGAGAUGAACGUUGAUGGGGACUGGCCCCCUACUGAAGAACCCACUCCUGCCCCACCUCUUGACUACAUGGACACCCGGCCAGGCCCUGAGACAACCCCCUCUCGACCUCUGGGCUCCCCAUUAGGCCUCCCUAAGGCAGUUCUGCCUGGCAGCAGGGUCAGCAGGCCAGGCUCUGAGUCAUCCUACACUGCUUUGGCAGACUGGACACUUCGGGAGAGGGGGCUGCCUGGACCUCCCCUCCCUGUGCCCAGAGGCAGCCUCACCAGUCAGAGCAGUGGGAGGGGCAGUGCCUCCUUUUUUCGCCCACCCUCACUGGCCCCCUCUCUUGGGGGCAGCUACCUCAGUCCCCCCUCAGGGGACACUAGCAGUUGGGCCAGUGGAGGAAUUGGUCUGGAGAGGUGGCCUCGGAGAGAACAUGUGCUGACUGUCAGUAAAAGGAGGAAUACUUCAGUGGAUGAAAACUAUGAGUGGGACUCUGAGCUUCCUGGAGACUUGGAACUGCUUGAAUCACUGCAGCUGGGGCAGAGGGGUGGUGGCCCCCGGGGCCAGCCAGAACUGAAACUGGGCUCCAAGGAACCAGAGGAGUGCACCUGGGGUGCUGCCCACCCCCCUGGGCCAGAGGAACGCUGUGCUGCCCUCCGUGAGGAAUUCUUGGCCUUCCGACGUCGCCGUGAUGCUACCCGGGCACGGUUGCCUGCUCGCCGGGACCCUAUCAGCCACCCUGAGCAAGCCACAUUGCUAUGAAUGCUUGGUGGUAGUGGGACAAGGACCUAUGGGCAGAGUUGAACAGGGACAG